UGAAGCCUGUGAGCGAAGUCUUCACCUUCAGCCUCAACCCUCAAACCAACCCGCGACGGAAACAUGCGAUUUGACGCAGAUUUGCUCGCCCUUGCUUCACUCGUGCCUUUCCAAACACCUUCAGGGAGUUCACACGUUUCAGCGCGUCGACGAGGAGCCAAUGUUUAAGUGCAGACGACCCGGCAGUGGCCCCGCGGAGUUUGGAUGUGUGUGUUUCGUAGCUUGUCAGAGAAGCCAAAAAAGAAUUGAAUCAGGAAAAACAGCGACAACGAGCACCGCCGAUGUAGUUUUCAGUGGGAAAGCUAAACGCUGUACCUGCCGGUGACUUCCUCCGGUCUUCCUCCUGUGUGUUUCGGGCUUUUUUUUUUUUUCUUCUCGCGGCGCCGUAGUUCAAGUGAGGGAGGAUGCAGGUGAAGAAGAAACGGGGCUCGGACCGGAGCAGCGGGGACAUGCUGGAAGGAGACGGCCGUAAAAACUCCUCAUGCUUCUCAAAUAUAAAGGUGUUCUUGGUAGCAGAAUGCGCCCUCAUGUUGGCACAGGGCACCGUCGGAGCUUACCUGGUGAGUGUGCUGACCACCCUGGAGCGGCGGUUCAACCUGCAAAGUGCUGACGUAGGGGUGAUAGCCAGCAGCUUUGAGAUUGGCAACCUGGCGCUGAUUCUCUUUGUCAGCUACUUUGGGGCCAAAGCACAUCGGCCACGUCUGAUUGGCUGCGGGGGUAUCGUCAUGGCGCUUGGCGCCCUUCUCUCAGCUCUCCCUGAGUUUCUAACAAAUCAGUAUGAAAUAGGGGAAAUGUGGAGGACUGAUGUGGGUCGGGAUGUGUGCUCCAACACCAGCAGCUGGGAAGCCCAGAAGGCCGAGGACAAAGUUUGCGCCAACAAGGCCAACACCAACAUGAUGUAUCUGCUGCUGAUCGGAGCCCAGGUCCUGCUGGGGAUCGGAGCCACGCCAGUGCAGCCUCUGGGGGUGUCCUACAUCGAUGAUCAUGUGAAGAAGAAAGACUCCUCACUCUAUAUAGGAAUCCUUUUUUCUACGCUGGUGUUCGGGCCCGCCUGUGGUUUCAUCCUCGGCUCCCUCUGCACUAAGUUUUAUGUGGAUGCUAUCUUCAUCGACACAAAUAAGCUCGGCAUCACUCCAGAAGACCCGCGAUGGAUUGGGGCCUGGUGGGCAGGCUUCCUCCUGUGUGGUGCCUUACUCUUUUGUUCAGCUGUCUUGAUGUUUGGUUUCCCUCAGUCGCUGCCGAACAAGGAGAGAGAGGAGGCGGCAGACAGUGAGCACGCUAUGCUUCCUCCUUCUAUGACUCCAGACUAUGAGACUCCAAAGCCCAGCAAUGGGGUUGUACGCAACCACGAGCCUGCCAACAGCCCCACCUGCUGUCAGCAACUCAGGGUGAUCCCCAAGGUGACCAAGCACCUCUUGUCAAACCCAGUGUUCACCUGUAUCAUUCUGGCAGCCUGUAUGGAGAUUGCUGUGGUGGCUGGCUUUGCAGCCUUCUUGGGGAAGUACCUUGAGCAGCAGUUCAAUCUCACAACCACCUCAGCAAACCAGCUGUUAGGUAUGACAGCCAUUCCAUGUGCAUGUCUGGGGAUCUUCAUGGGUGGUUUGCUGGUGAAGAAGCUGAAUCUGUCAGCACUGGGAGCCAUUCGCAUGGCCAUGCUGGUCAACCUGAUCUCGACUACCUGCUACGUAUCCUUCCUGUUCCUGGGCUGUGACACGGGUCCCGUCGCAGGAGUGACAGUCACAUACAACAACAGGACGCUGGCUGUGGGCAAGAAACCAGAAGCUCAGUGCAUCAGUCAGUGCAACUGCUUCACCUCCUCCAUCAGCCCCGUGUGCGGCUCUAACGGUGUCACCUACCUGUCCGCCUGCUUCGCCGGCUGCACCAGAUCAGGGAAAACACAUACCUCGACCGGCAUCACUCAGAACCUGACGGGUUGCUCUUGUGUAUCUGCUGAGAGCGAAGCUGCCACAGCGGUUCCGGGAAAAUGUCCAACUCCAGGCUGCCAGGAGGCUUUCCUCAUCUUCCUGUGUGUGAUCUGCGGCUGCAGCCUAGUGGGAGCCAUGGCCCAGACUCCCUCGGUUAUCAUACUAAUCCGGUCUGUGAGACCUGAACUGAAAUCAUACGCACUUGGAGUGUUGUUUCUUCUGCUCAGACUCGUCGGAUUCAUCCCCCCACCUCUGAUCUUCGGUGCUGCGAUCGACUCUACAUGCCUUUUCUGGAGUUCGGACUGUGGCGAUAAAGGGGCUUGCCUGCUGUACAACAAUAUAGUUUACAGGCAUCUGUACGUGAGCCUGGCCAUCACUCUCAAGGUCAUUGCCUUCCUUCUCUACGCCACCACGUGGUAUUGCUUACACAGGAACUACAAGAAGUACAUCAAAAGUCACGAGUGCCACAUGACGCCAAAAGAGUUUUACCCCUCUCUCACAGACGGCCCCAAGCAAGUGGACAGGACGAAGUUUAUAUAUAGCCUAGAUGAACAUGAGUUUUGUGAAAACAUGGAGUCAGUUUUAUAGUUCGUAAACCAAGAAGAGGACAAUAUGGAACGUCCAUAUUCUGUCAAAGGAACAUUUUAUAAUUUUUUUCUUCUUUUUUUCAAGAGGUUAAAAUAAAAUGUUUUUUGAUAAAGAUGACCUAUUUAACGGCCCGUUCAGGUCACAGGAGCCCUUGCUCUGCACUCCACGUCCUCGAUAAACUUUUGAAAGGGUCCAUUUUAGUCGUACCAGCAAGGUGUCGUCCAGUGUUGCCGGUGAAUUCCUGUGAUGAUUUGGUGGUAGACAACAACAGCAGGCUCAGUCCUAGUUGAUUAUUAGUGGGAGCGGACUUGAUGCUACAAGUAUAGUUGCCAUAUCAUAUUUAGGUUUGUCAUGAUUCCAAUGACGUGUGUUUAAAAAAAAUGAUGGUUUCCUUUCAGUCAGUGCACCAUGUGUUCUGUCUGUCACUCUCUCUAAAGUGAGAUUUUUAUGAAUUUAAAAAAAAGUUCGGGUGGUUGUUCAUUUAUUCAUAUUUAAAAGUUGCCAAGUGUUUACAAACUAAUAAUUGCAUUUUAUUACAGUGAUGCAAGACCGGUUUCUUCACCCUGACUGGGUUAUUUUAGUGGCCUAUUAGAUGUUUAAACUGUCGGAAAAUCGAGUCUAAUAACUUAAAAAUAAGACAGUGUUUUCAUGUCAUCAUCCACUGUUCAGUUCAUGUUCUCUUGCUGGAUCAUAGGCACUGUUUUUGAUACUGUGUAGACUAGACUGUGGAGUCUUGUCUCAUAGGUGCACAUGUGCAAUUCAUGUCUGAUACAUCAACUCUAUGGCUAGUUCUGUGUCAGAUGGCAGAUUUGUUUUUCAUUAUAGCGGUUUGUGUCAUUUCUAUGUUUGUUUUUACAUCUGCAGAGUUUAUUCAGUCUAAUAUGUCUUAAUAAGGGAUUAUUCAAAUAAGAUUGUUUAAUUAUAUUUUCUUUGGACUUUUGCACCUAGUGGAAGAGUGAUGAAAAAAAUAAAGAGUAAGGAUAUUUUUAUGUGUUUUGACAUUCAAGUAAAAGAGAUUAGGAGUAAUAUAUUUGUUUCAUUAGGCCCAGAAUUUUUUAAUAGAUUGUAUUUGAAAGGACGGUAUAAGUAUAAAUUAUAUCUAAUCUAAUUGUCUGAGAUGUGUGUGUGUGUGUGUGUGUGUGUGUGCGUGUGUGUGCGUGUGUGUGUGUGUGUGUGCGUGCGUGCGUGUGCGCGUGUGUGUGAUGUCACUAAAGAUUUGGGACACCUCAUAGCAAUGAAAGUAGUAUGUUGCAGAAAAGAAACACAAUCCGUGUCUUCAAACUAGGCCUGUAAUAUCUCGAACAAACAUUACAGAAAUGCAGCAGGAGGAUGUGUGUGUGUGUGUACGCAAAGUCAAACAAAAGUGAGCAACACACUGAAUUUAUUCCUGGACACCUAUUUGAAGAACUCUUCUAACGUGACUCGGCACAUACGAACGGUUACUCUACUGAUCUCUCUGCAGUUACAGUUUUCACAUUGUCCCUUUUCUUACACUUUUUGUAUGGCAACAUAUCAUUUAUUUUACUCUGGCAAUAAAUUAUUU